CUCUCUCUCUCCAAAAUCCAACUCUCUCUCUCUCUUACAUUUCCGUCAUUGGUAAGAACCUUCAAAAUCAGUCUCCAUAUUCCUACACACAUAUAUAAGCCCACAAACCCAUACCCGCAGAAGGCACAGCAGAUUUGUAAGAACAAAAAAACCAACCGUACGGAUUCCAUUUUCUCGAUCAAAUCGAUGAAAAUGCCUUCCAAUCAGCCCCAAUCCUCCCUUCUAAUCCAAAGAAUGAACGAUCCGCCGCCGCACGCCGCCGCCAGCGCGGCGGCGUUCAAGCAAUCCUUCCGCCACUCAUCACCGCCGGUCCAGGUCCAGGUCCAGGUUCAGGCCCAGGUCCCGGACCAAGUCGCCCGUUACCACGCCCACGCCGUCGGCCCCAACCAGUGCUGCUCCGCCGUCACUAAGCACAUCGCCGCCCCUGUCUCCACCGUCUGGGCCGUCGUCCGCCGCUUCGACAACCCGCAGGCCUACAAACACUUCGUCAAGAGCUGCCACGUCAUCGUCGGCGACGGCGACGUCGGCACCCUCCGGGAGGUCCGCGUCGUCUCCGGCCUCCCCGCCGUCAGCAGCACCGAACGCCUCGAAAUUCUCGACGACGAGCGCCACGUCAUCAGCUUCAGCGUCGUCGGCGGCGACCACCGCCUCGCCAAUUACCGAUCCAUCACCACUCUCCACGCCGCCGGCGCCGGCGCCGGCACCGUCGUCGUCGAAUCGUACGUCGUCGACAUCCCUGCCGGAAACACUAAAGAAGAAACCUUCGUCUUCGUCGACACCAUUGUCAAAUGUAAUCUUCAAUCCUUAGCUCAGAUCGCCGAGACAGGUAGCUCACCUCCAUAGCUACAUAUAUAUAUAUAUAUAAAUUAAAUUAAAUUAAAUUCGAAUUAGGAAUUAAUGCAGAUUUAGAUCACCAGAAAUUAAAUUUAAUUUCAUCCAAGAUUCGACAUUUUUCGUUUAAUUUGUUGUCGUGGAAAAAAAAACAUAUAUAUAUAUAUAUUGCUUGUAUUCAUCACUGUACGACGUCGUUUCAUUCGUUCAAGAAAUUCAUUCCAUUUUUCUGUAUAUUUCAAGAAUUUGCAGAAGAAGCAGUAAUCAAGGAUAUAUAUAUGUAUAUAUAUAAUUAAAAUUGGCCAUAGAAGUGCAGAUUUAGAUCACCAGAAAUUAAAUUAAAUUAAAUUAAAUUUCAGUUCGUGGAACAAUAAACAUAUAUAUGUGAUUGAAAUUAAUAUUGCUUGUAUUCAUCACUGUACGACGUCGUUUCAUUCGUCCAAGAAAUUCAUUCCAUUUCUCUUUA